CGGUGAAAUGGACCAACUUGUACGUGAAAUGGAACCUGCUGAGCUACCUGAGCCACCUGACGGGCCACGCCUACUUCCAAAUGCCGCUGAGUGUGGCGGACGCGCGGCGCGAGGGCUGGGUGCAGGCGGCCAGCGGCAACACCACCUCCACGUGGUGCCUGCGCGACGACCCGCGUGUGUGCGUGCUCUACGACCUGCAGGGCUCCGUGGCCGGCAUGCAAGUGUCGCUUCCUGUCGCUGACUUGCAGUUCAAGGGAAACCCAUACGAUGUAACGGCACAUCCUCUUUUCAUUAGAGACCGACUCUUCAACAUGGACGUCUUCACUUCAAGAUACUUUCUGUACGGAGUAGAGAGUCAUGUAAAGCUGCGCGAGAAAACAGCAAAUUUUCAGAAGAAACUCGUAUUACAGGGCCCUGGUAACGAAAAAGUGGAGACGCUGGCGGCGGGCGGGCGCAGGCGCGCGCCGGGCGACGAGGUGGGCACGGGGCUGUGGCUGCAGAGCGGAGACGACUUCGUGGAGGUGUCGCGCAACGCCGACGACCUCCCGGCCGCGCACUGGUCGCGCGAGAACUGCGUCCUCGAGAUGGUAGCACGAAAAUUGCCCUUCCUCUUCCUCAUCGUGAAAAUAAUAAUUUACAGCCCAAAGCAGCAUGAAAUUAUGUUUAUUGAAUCUCUUAAAUUAACUCGUUCUCGAGAUAAGCGUUCAAAACAAUCUUCGAAAAAUGUUUCACCCCGGCUUCAUUUCUUUGCGCGCGUUCUAAAUCCUGCGCUGUUUGUGUUGUCGCAAGGCCGCCACUACUACUACAACGUGAGCGAGCAGCUGCCGUGCGAGAUGGCGGAGCCCUUCUUCCUGCUGGUGGACAACCGCAAGGACGCGCUGCACGGCGUGGGCUUCCAGAUCUUCGGCGAAGCCUCCGUCAAGAACCGAAAGUGGUUCGAGUCGGUGCCGCCCUACGCCGUCAAAAGUACCCUGCCAAACUCACCGCAGUGCCUAACGGAUUGGGUCAAGCAGUAUGGACUCAUUUCUCUCCACAUGUAUUUCGUCGACAAACCUUGGUUCAUCAUUUGUUAAAAGAACAACCAAACAUCACGAUAAAUAUUUCUGUGUUCACACAAUUAUUAUAAUCGUGAUUUUUUAAAACUGUCCUUGAAGAUAUUUCUUAAAUGAUUUCACGAAAAAAUCACUUCAAAAUCCAACUACAGGUCUGUAAAGACUGAUAUAAUAAAGACUUUUGUAGUUUAACAAGGAAUGUUAAUUUUGUUUUCCUUUGGCUG